AAACAAACAUAUGACACUGUGGUCCGGUAUUCUCGUCAUGAAUUGUACGUACACCGUGGAACCAGCAAACAAACUUAUAUUUAUCCAACUAUUUAUUGAAGGAUAAAGCUUUCGGUGGGUACCCUGCGAAUUCUGACAGGCCUGCCUUAUAUUGAUCAUUAAAUUGUGUCGUAAGUCUUACACCGACUGUCAAUGCAGUGUAUGCCAUAGUAGCGUAAGACUGACUACAGAGAGAUAGGUAAAUCAUCAGAUAGGUGAUUUUCAAACCAAGCACUUCUUGAACAACUCUGAAGAUCAGCCAGGCAGGAUGAGUACCAAUACUGGUCUUAAACUUAGUGACAAUGAGGUGGCCCAGACAACCUCAAUUCUGGGAGUUAUGAAAGAAUUUAUCGAAGCCGUAAAUGAUAUGGACGAAACUGUUUUGAUUCCAAGUCGUUUAAAAGACAUGAAAGCGGACGCACCCACGGAAUCUGCAAUCGUACGAUCGUCAUCGGCGUCAGUUGACAUAUCGAUGUCGUCUCUGACAGACUUUGAAAUUUCGUCAGACGAAGAGUCCGUCUCAUCAAGACAGGUUAGUAAAGGACAGAAUACUCAAGUUCUACAAAAUGUUACCCUUCAUUCCUACUAUUCUAUGUUGAAAGCCGUGAAAACGGAACUCGUUAGAGGCACCGCCGACGACGAGACGAACGGUAACGAAGGCGAUGAUGCGGCGUAUAACCAAUGUGCAACUGCCUUUAAGAAACACCUUGCAGGCCUUUACAACACCCUCCAACAUAUGACGAACUUAUCAAAGCAAUUGACCAGCCAGUACCAACAAGAAUUAGGGGACCAUCAACAGUGCAUCAAGCCGAAGACAUAUACUGUUUAAUUUAACUAAAUCAAUAAGUUAAGUUCUACCAAUCGCACCUGAUUCAAGUAUCUAACAUUAUCCCUGUUUCAUCACGAUAAUUGUUGUCAUCUGCCUGAGUACAGGUUGUGGCCUCUGCUUGAAAUGCAACUAUUGUACUGUACUGAAUUCGUACUAAAUAUGGACCACGGAAAUCAAGCAAGUCAACUCUCGUCUGCAUUUCGUUCGGACAUUUUGUUAAUAAUAUUAAAGAUUGAAAUUAUUCGAUAGCUUCAUUAACAUUAUAUCUCAACGGCUAUUGUCCUGGGGAUAAGGAGAUUCUUUUUAUCACAAAACCAUCGAUUUAACCUCCAUCAAUUGUUGAAUUGUUGAAAAAAAUAUUUGUGGUAAUUUCACACCACAGUGCUGAUAUGGCCGUUAAUAUUGUCGUUGGUUUCUGUUGAAAAUUUAAAUGUUAAUUGUUAUCCCAUGAAUGUAUUCUGUACUAAAUGUUACUGUACUAUAAUUAUUAUAGUUAUCACACCUCCUUUGUAGAUACAGUACUUGAGUACAGUAUACCACCUCGUUAAUUAUCUACUGUUUAAGUACUGGAUGUACGAAGCAUGAAAGGUACUCUAUUACUGUAUUGUACAUGGUGUGACGUCAUUUGAACUGAGUCAGAGAUUGAUUAUCGUAUCGUACGAUCUAUCCCUGGACGCUUUUCCUAUGCUCAGAAUUUUUCUUCUGUGUGAUACCAUAGAGAAAAUAUAUGGUGAUACUGGCUUUCCAAGUAAAUCAGGGAAAUGACAAACAAGAAGCCAUGUUCGUAUAAACUUAUAAAUAUACAUCUGUCGAAGUAAAACGAAAUAUUUUGUUAAAUAAUAUUAUUAAUACAUGGCCGGUUUUGUCCCUGUAUUUACUUUACUUACACAAAUACUUUAGGCAAUUUUUUAAUAUUUAAUGCUUGAACAAACUGAAUCUGGUACAGGUACUAAUUUCCUUUUCCUGUUAAAAUUGUUUACGUUUAUGUGCAAUAUAAAUAAAAACGUGGAUUAAAAAAAAUGGUCCAUUUAUGCAAAUAUUAUUAUUAUUUUUAUUAUACAUUCGUAAAAUAUUUUGUAUAUUUAAUUUGUAUCAGAUUCAGAUUUCAUAUGACGGCAUGGGAUAAUAAAUAAUUAACUUAGUGACCAAUUUUGAAGGGUCAUACAUAUUUUGAAUGUCUGAUAGAUUUUUUCAAAAUUGGUUAAUGACUAUAAAAAGUAAGAUAUUGUUUACAUAUUAAUUAAUAAAAUUUAAUUUAAUUCAUA